AUGACGGCAUUUCAGCUUUCCGCCACAUUAUCUGGUCAUGAGGAUGACGUUAAAUGCCUUAUAGCACCUACUGACGACUUUCUUGUUUCUGGAUCGAGAGAUUCCACGAUUAGAGUAUGGUAUAGAAGCUCAUUGAAGAGCAGAGAAUUUAAUGCCUCUAUCAUCAAUCAUAAAACUUCCAGUUUUGUUAAUAGCUUGGCCUAUUAUGACGAUGGAAAGGAGCAAUUGAUUGUGAGUGGAGGAAGUGAUAAUCUUAUCAAUAUGACCAGCUUGGCUGCCACAGUGGAUGUUAACGAGCCUCAAUAUUGCUUUGUAGGACAUGCUGCCAACAUAUGCACACUCGAUGCACUAGGUGAUUUGAUUCUCAGCGGCUCGUGGGAUUCUACCGCAAAAGCAUGGAAUAGAACAGGGGAUGUGGUGUACAACCUCCGGGGACAUCAGGGUUCUGUUUUGGGGGUUAAGUUUUUUAAGGGAAAGGACAAGAUUAUUACAUGCGGUGCUGAUAAGACCAUUAAGGUGUGGAACAAGGGUCAAUUGGUUAAAUCCAUUGUUGCACAUGAAGAUGCAGUGCGUGAUUUAGUUGUUCUUGGCAACGGCGAUUUUGCAUCGUGCUCUAAUGACGGCAUCAUCAAAAUCUGGGAUGGUGAUAGUUUUGAAUUAAAACAGACCUUGUCGGGCCAUCAAAGUUUCAUAUAUUCGUUAUGUGUGUUGCCCGAUGGAGAUCUUGUGAGUUGUGGAGAGGAUAGAAGUGUGAGGUUUUGGAGAAACGGACGAUGUAUUCAGGCCAUAACUCUUCCCUGCAUGUCCGUAUGGAAAGUUGUGGCAUUUCCUAACGGGGACAUUGCCGUUGGAUCAAGUGAUUCGCUAAUCAGGGUGUUUACCAAAGAUUCCAGUCGAGUUGCACCUGAGCCAGAGCUCAGAGAGUUCUCUGAGAGCGUCAAAAACUCUUCCGUUGGAGAGAAUCUCUAUGGAACAAUCGAUAAAGAGCGCUUACCGGGUGAGGGGGCACUUUCUUAUACAGGAACUACAGAGGGAGAGACAAAGAUGAUACUAAGUGCAAUUUCUACGAUAGAAAUAUACCAGUGGACCAAUAAAAAGUGGAUUAAAAUUGGUCAAGUGGAAAGAAGUGCUUCUUCAGACAAGAAAAAGAGUUAUCAAGGUGGCCAGUAUGAUUAUGUGUUUGACGUAGACGUUGAAGAUGGGAAGCCAUCUCUAAAGCUCCCAUUUAAUGUUACAGAAAAUCCGUACGAAGCAGCGGAUAGGUUUUUAGCUGAUAACGAUCUUCCAUACAGUUAUUUGCAGCAGGUUGUGAACUUUAUUCUGCAGAAUGCUCAAGGGAUGAACGUAGAGCAGACUGUUCAGAAUACUGUUCAGAACACCACUCAGGAUGUGAAUGGCAAGCGUUCUCGCAUGGACAAACCACCCUCUAUAAAUGGUAUCCUUCCGCAGAGCUCGUAUUUAUCAUUCAGUAAGUUUGACGUAGCAAUGAUGACUGCUGGUUUUCGUAAAUUGAACUCGCAGCAGCCACAGAGCUGUCAAUUGGAAUCUAACCAGGUUGAGACGCUGAUAAGUUGUGAAGAUUACGAGGGAUUGGCUCAGUUGGCUUCAAAGAUUAUCAACACAUGGCAGAAUGGCAGCGAGCUGAUUGGUUUUGAUAUAUUGAGGGCUAUUGUGACGAAGAUCAAGCCGUUUGAGUCACUGUUUGUUCUUAUUAGAAAAGGGCUGUCCAGUGACAAUUUAAAGGUGCAAAUGAUGGCUCUCCGAGUGUUGGUUAAUGUAUUUUCUGCUUCUCAAUGGGGCGAGGUAACAUUCAUGGAGACGGAAGUGUUUGAUGUGAUAUUUACACAACACUUGACAGACCUGCUCAAACAAGAAAGUGAGGGAAAGAACGGUAAAAAGAGGCUUUUGUCAAUUACCGUGGCCACUCUUCUUCUCAACUAUACUGUUUUGAUCAAUAAGUUCCAUUCGCAAGAUUUGUACGCCAAAAGUGUCGAAGCCUGUGACGAAUAUUUGCCAUUACUACUAUCGGACGAAGAAUCUUCCUACAGAUUUGUUGUGGGAAUAGGUACACUCUAUUGUAUGGAAAAGAAAGAGUCUCUCAAAGAGUUGGCAGACUCGAUCUUUGGAGUGUAUGCAGCAGCAGAAAGGUUUGCAAAGAUUAAAGAGAGUAUUAUAUAA